AUGCCAGCCACAUUUGGCCACUUGGCAGGAGGCUAUGAUGCCCAGUACUAUGGCUACCUCUGGAGUGAGGUGUACUCCAUGGACAUGUACUACACACGCUUCAAGCAAGAGGGGAUCAUGAACUGUAAGCUGCAGGUGGGGGUGGCUCUUUUAGCAGCACAAAAUAUUUAUAUUGUGGAAUCACUCAUAGUUGGAUGUUCUAGGUAUUUCUACUUCUUUAUUCAUCUGAUUGGGAAAAUUUCUUCUGAACGAUUGUUUGGAGUUCCUAGCGGUUUUACUCAGAAGACCAGAAAGAUAUUCUGUGGUCAGGAAGCUGUCUUUGGAGAGCUUUUUCACUGGCCACAUUAUAGAAAGCUCAUUAUGGAAGAGAUGCUAUUAGUUAAAGUUUACAACUGCAGUAAAGUAUUCAGCAACAGGCCGGAGGAUGUGAAGCAAGCAGCUGCUCUGGACAGGAAGGCUGCAGUGCUUGGCAGGAAACUUGUGAAAGGCCUGGAAACUGAUGACGACGAUGAUUAUUAUGAUGUGUCUGACAUGGAGUUCUCAGGAAUUGUCUUCUGCCCAGUGAAGAGAUUGAUUUUAGGAAAUGCAUUGUGUCUACAGAUUGGCAUCAAUAUAAUCGAAGCCCAGAAACUGGUGGGAGUGAACAUUGACCCAUUUGUGGUUGUGAGAAUUGGAGAUGAGAAGAGACACACCGCAACACAGAAGUCAACCAACUGCCCAUUUUACAAUGAGUAUUUUACGUUUGAAUUCCAUGAACCAAGAGAAGUUAUAUUUCAUAGACUCAUCGAAAUUUCUGUCUUUCAUUCAAAGAAGAUCCCAUUCCUAGGGACGCUCAUAGGGACGUUCAAGAUUGAUCUAGAGACUGUUUACAGCCAACCAGAUCACAGAUUCUACCAUAAAUGGGCUGUUCUUAAUGACCCGAAGGACACAAGAGCAGGAACUAAAGGAUAUGUAAAGUGCAACAUUUCUGUAAUGGCACGGGGUGAUGUAAUGAGUUCUGUUCCUACUACCUCCACCAGCCAGCAUGAAGAUAUUGAAAAGAACUUGCUGCUGCCUAAAAGAAUCCCAGCUGAGCGGCCUUGGGCCAAAGUUUGCAUCAAAAUUUACAGGGCAGAUGGAUUACCCAGCAUGAGUGCAGGAAUCAUGGGUGGUUUUUCAAAGAUUAUGAGUGAGAAGAAAGUCUUCAUUGAUCCGUAUGUGCAAGUUACAUUUUCUGGACAACAGGGGGAAACUUCAGUUGAAAGCAACACUACAGAACCAUUAUGGAAUGAACAGAUCAGUUUCAUUGAGAUGUUUCCUCCUCUUGUUCGAAAAAUCAAAGUCCAAGUAUUGGAUGAUGCAAACAUUGGGGACGUUGCCCUUGCUACACAUUUCAUUGAUCUGAAGCAGAUAUCUGACCCUGGGAGAAAUGGUUUCAAUCCCACUUUUGGUCCCGCUUGGGUGAACUUGUAUGGCUCACCUCAAAACUCAGCUCUGCGAGAUGUCCACAAGGAUCUCAAUGAAGGUUUGGGAGAAGGCAUAUUCUACCGUGGGCGCCUUCUCAUGGCCAUUUCUGUAGAGAUCUUCAGUACUAUCCAAGCAGCAGAAAAAAAGCCCGUAGAGGUUCUUAAAGGUGCUCUAAGCAAGCUCAAAUUGAAGAAGAAGAGUAAGAAGGCCAAGGAGAAAACCAGAGUCUCUUUCAAAGAGCAACAGCAAAGCCAGGCUGAAGCUGGUAUCCCCGAGGAGGCAGAGCAGCCGAGUGAGGUGACUGUGGAGGUUGAGGAGCUUCAUCCUCUCCCAGAGAAUGCACUGGGAGUUAAAGAAGAAUUCCUCCUUUUUGCCUCUUUCUUUGAGGUGACUAUGAUGGAUCCAUCAAUAGGUACCAAGCCUGUGAAAUUUGAGAUCUCUAUAGGAAACUAUGGCAAAGCUGAAGAAGUUUUGGCUAAAACUUCUAAGAAGGGUGAGAAGGAAGAAAGGAGUGAAGACAAGCAGCCUUUGCUUGAACCCAGUUCUGAGGAUGAGCUGGAUGUUGAAGUCAUAUCCCCAAGCACAACUUUGGUCCAGAAAUCUGUGACUGCAAACCAAAGGCCCGAGCCCACAGAAUAUGACAGCUCUUACAGCUGCCUGCCCAUGGUGCACAAUAAGCCUUGUGUGUAUGUCUGGAGCUACUGGGAAGACUAUACCUGGAGACUCUGCAAUUCCAACUGGAUUGUCAAAAUAGCAGAGCGUUUGGAACAUGGGCUGGAAGAUGUGGAGAAACUCUUAAGGAGACCCAAGUCCAAAGCAGAUGAGAGGCUUCGGCAGGUCCUAGAGGAGUUUGUGGCUGGAUGUAGGCAGUAUUCACUUAAUGCAGACAAAAAGCCAAUGGCCCGUCCAAAUAACCUUGAUCGAUGUCGGAUGAAAUCAGUCCCACAAAACAUUAUACUGUAUGCGAAGAGGGGGCUCCGCAUACGGAGGCGACUGACUCGUACCAAUGUCAGGGAGAAAGUAAAUGAGGCAAAGACAAUCCUGUCAAAGCUUCGCUUCCUGGCUAAAGAGCCUCAGUGUUCUAUCCCAGAUAUCUUGAUCUGGAUGUUUAGCAACAACAAGCGGGUAGCAUACGCAAGAAUCCCUGCCCAGAACGUCUUGUACUCGGUGGUAGAAGAGGAGAAAGGCAAGGACUGUGCCAAGAUCCAAACUGUCUUUUUAAAGGUUCCAGGAUCACGCACUGGAGACAUCUUUGCGAAACUGGAAAUCUACAUGUGGCUUGGGGUAAUUAAAUAUGUGAAGAACAGCACCGCUGAGCUACCUGAGGAGUUCAAACCAAUUUAUGAGAAGUCACAGCCUUCUACAAGGAUUCCAGCACACCUCCCACCUAGCCAGCUCAACAGAGAUGACUUCAGUUACUUUCAGUUGCGAGCCCAUUUAUAUCAGGCUCGGGGGAUUCUCCCAGCAGAUGAGAACGGCCUUUCUGAUCCAUUUGCAAGAGUGGUGUUUUCGACUCAGUGCCAGACUACAACCAUCUUGGAAGAGACACUGAGCCCAAUGUGGAAUGAAUUACUUCUUUUUGACCAGCUCAUUGUUGAUGGAAAGAAAGAGGACUUGAAGACAGAGACACCAAUUGCUGUUAUCAAUAUCUUUGACCACAACAAAUUUGGCUCCCCAGAAUUCCUCGGCCGAGCUUUUGCUACUCCACAGGUGAAGCUGGUAGAUGAGCCAUACAGCAAACCUGCUCUCCAGUUUUUUGAUAUUUAUAAAGGACAUCGAGCAGCUGGGGAAUUAAUUGCCGUCUUUGAGCUGAUCGAACUGGAUUAUAGUGGCUACUUGGAGCCAUCAGUGCCUCAUGAUGUUGAGCCCAAGGAACCAGAAUACCUAGGGGAUCCUCGUUCUGGACGAUUCAUUGUCCCUGAGGGAAUCCGACCAAUUCUUAAGGAGUUUCGCAUAGAGAUCUUGUUUUGGGGCCUGAGAGACUUGAAACGUGUGAACUUGUUUGAAGUUGACCAGCCGCAGGUGAUCAUUGAAUGUGCUGGAAAGAAAGUAGAAUCAGAAGUAAUAACAUCAUUCAAAGAGAACCCAAAUUUCACUGAACUUGUCAAAUUUGUUGAUGUGGAGCUCCCAGAGCAGGUAUAUUUGCACCCACCCCUGAGUAUCUUUGUGGUGGAGAAGAGGGCUUUUGGACGCACUGUCAUGGUGGGAACACACAUAGUGUCACAUAUUAUGAAAUUUGCUCCUAAAGAGGUAGAUGAGUUUGAAGAUGAAACAGACAACCCACCAAAGACACGGAAAGCCUCAGCUCGACCUAACAUCUCUAAAACAAUGCAGAACCUUGGUGCAGCGGCUGGGCACACUGUGAUAAACAUCGGUGCAGUGGCUGGAAAGACAGUAAUAAAUAUCGGCGCAGCUGCUGGCGAUUUAGGUAGCAAAGCAAAUCCCCUUAAGCUUGUAAAGGCACCUCUGAAAAAAAUUCCUAUUGAUAAACUGAUACCAACACAGGAAGAAUUUGAGGAGGAAAAGCCUGAAAUAGAAGAACUGGAUUGGUGGUCUAAAUAUUAUGAAUCAUUAAAGGAAAUGAACAAUCAGUUCUUUAGUGAUGAAGAGGAUGGUGAGAACGAUGACCCCAAUGAUCCGGUUUAUAGCCUGCUGUCCUAUAGUAAUGAUAUCUUAAUGAGUAAGGCAGAAUAUCCCAUUAAUAUCUCCGUAUUAUAUUUAGAAGGAGGGAAUCUAAAUAUUGCUUCUCUGGAUGUGGAUGCAGAAGAUGAAGUAAUAGUUGAAGCUGAGCCGGUUCGUCCCAAAAGGAAACUCAUAGCCACGUUAAAGAUUUACAAUUCAGAGCUGGAAAACGAGUUUGACAAUUUUGAGGAUUGGCUAUGUAUUUUUCCACUUCAUCGUGGGAAAGCAAACGAGGAUGAAGAUGGAAAUGAGGAAGAUAAGUUUGUGGGGAAAUAUAAGGGUUCAUUCUAUGUUUAUCGGGCUGAAGAGGUAGGUGCAGAACACAAGAUCUCCCAAGGCAUCCCCAGAAACAGACCUAUUAAGGUCCUUGUCCGAAUUUACAUAGUUAAAGCAACCAACCUGACACCAGCAGACCCCAAUGGCAAGGCAGAUCCUUACCUCGUGAUUACAAUUGGGAAACAACGGAAGGACACCAAAGAGAGAUAUAUUCCAAAGCAACUCAAUCCAGUCUUUGGAGAAGUGCUGGAGCUGACCAUAUCCUUUCCCAUGGAAUCAGAGCUCAGUGUAUCAAUAUUUGAUCAUGAUUUGGUGGGAUCUGAUGACUUAAUUGGGGAGACAAAGAUUGACUUGGAGAACCGAUUCUACAGUAAACACAGAGCCAACUGUGGAGUGGCCUCACAAUACGACACAGAGGGCUACAAUGAGUGGCGAGAUGCUUUCAAGCCCACACAUAUCCUGGACAGUUUAUGCAAGAAGAGUGCGCUCCCUUCAGCUGAGUACAGGAAGGAGGAAGUAAAAGUGAACAAUAAGAUUUUUAAGAUCCCACCGGAAGCUUUCCCUGAAGAAGUUUUUGUGAAAGACAAGAAAGAAAAUGAAGAUGAGACAUGGUCUGCUUAUGAUGAGCACAAAGCUUUGUAUGUUCUUCAACACUGGGAUGAAAUGCCAGAAUAUGGGUACAAAUUAGUACCAGAACAUGUGGAAGUUCGAUCUCUUUACAGUCCAGAGAGCCCUGGUCUCCUGCAGGGCUCUCUCCACAUGUGGAUUGACAUGUUUCCAAAUGAUGUCCCUGCCCCACCCCCUGUCAACAUCAAACCACGAUUGCCAGUCAGUUAUGAGCUACGAGUCAUUAUCUGGAAUACGGACGAUGUGGUCCUUGAUGAUGUCAACCCAAUAACAGGAGAAACAUCCAGUGACAUUUACGUGAAAAGUUGGAUCAAAGGGCUGGAGAAAGACAAGCAAGAAACAGAUGUUCACUUUAACUCUCUGACUGGGGAAGGCAACUUCAACUGGAGAUUCGUGUUUCGCUUUGAUUACCUGCCGACAGAGAAAGAGAUAACUUAUAAGAAAAAGGACUCCAUCUUCUCCCUGGAGGAAUCCGAAUUCCGGGAGCCAGCAGUCCUGGUCCUGCAGGUCUGGGACUAUGACAGGAUUUCAGCAAAUGACUUUUUAGGGGCCAUCGAAUUAAAACUGAACGAUAUGGUAAGAGCUGCCAAGAGUUCAGAGCAGUGCACCAUCAAGAUGGCCAAGGAGAAGGCCAUGCCCCGAUUCUCCAUCUUUCGAAACAAGCGGAUGAGAGGCUGGUGGCCCUUCAUCAAACUGAAAGGUCAGGAAGAUAUUGAGAGGGAAGAGAGAGAAGCUAAACAGAAGAAGAAGAAAAAGAAGAAGAACAAGUGGAGGAGAUCAGUAAAUCCAGAAGAUGUUGAGUUUUCAGACCCCAGUGGAAACAUCUUUAUCCUAACAGGAAAAGUGGAAGCUGAAUUCCAGCUAUUGACUGUAGAGGAGGCUGAGAAGAGCCCAGUUGGUCUCGGUCGCAAAGAGCCCGAACCCCUGGAUAAACCCAACCGUCCAAAAACAUCCUUCAACUGGUUUGUGAACCCCUUGAAAACAUUCAUCUUCUUCAUUUGGAAGAGGUACAAAAAGUACAUAAUCGCAUUGCUAAUUAUUGCUAUUUUGACCAUAUUCUUGGUUCUAAUUCUCUACACAAUGCCUGGAUACAUCACAGAAAUAAUUUUCAAACCAUUUUGUUUCCCAAAACAAUUGUCUGUGCAAGCUAAAAUACUCUGUAUGCUUUACCAACACUGUGCAUAA